AUGAGCCCACGCCAACUCGGUUUCAUGCUUCUUGUCAGCACGUUUUUCGCAGGGGUAUGCUCAAGAUACACAAACGAAGAGAAAGAUGAUUUAAAGAAGAUAUGUGGACGACGGGGAGUCCAGGAUACCGUUUCUGAGCGGAUUAGUAAUGGUACCGAGGCGGCUCCGGGCUCCUGGCCAUGGAUGGUGGGGCUGUAUACUGCAGAAGACCGGUUCUUUUGCGGUGGCGUUUUAAUAAGCCGCCAGUUUGUUUUAACUGCUGCUCAUUGCUACAGGGACAAGAACACCACAGGCUUUCCUUCAGUUCGCCUGGGAAGUACGAAAAAAACCAAUUAUACCGUACAUUGUCAACGAAAUAAAGGCAAAAAUGACCAUCUAGGAAGGGUCCAUGACGAUCUGGAAGAUCAGGUCAUUUGCAUGGAAGUGGACUAUGUCUGUGUACCCCAUCAGGACAACUGUAUAUUUUUUAUAAAAGACCUUGCACUAUUGAAAUUAAAAGAACCGGUCAAUUUUACAAGGUAUAUUCGCCCAAUCUGCCUUCCUCAACACUGCGAAGAACCGCCUUCAGAUGCCAGCAUCUACGGUGCGGGCUGGGGCAUGACUUAUGACUAUCUACCUGUUUCCGAUGAGACGGAUGAAUCAUUAAACGAACCAGAUGAAGACCUCAAAGAUUUUGUGGAUUAUGAGAGUUCAGCAGAAGAAACGAAGGAUGCGUCACCACGGAAACGAAAGCGCAUUUUCUUACCUUUUUUCCCAGAAAACUUGAGGGAAAGAAAUAUAUCCUUAAUUACUAACGAACAGUGCGAACGACAGCUUCGACAAUUUACCACAACUGUUCCAAAGUACGUCAUAUGCUCCGAAGAGGGAAUGUGCAAAGGAGACAGCGGAGGACCGUUUAUGUACGAAAAAGAAGGACAAUGGUUCCUUGCUGCUAUUCACUCUGUAAACGCUGCAUGCGACUCUCCUUCUCUGCCAUCACACCAUAUUAGGGUGUCACAUUUUGUUCAAAGUUUUAUUUUACCCGUCAUGCAGGAUUCGGAAUCAACGAAACAUAACUUUUGUAUGACGGACGAGGCUCGAAAGGAAUGUGUAACUACAUUUUAUAAGUCUUACAACGUGACAUUCAAUAGAUGA